CAAAAGCAGUCAGACGUGAGGGAUGUCAAAGAAAAUUAAAUGUGGAGAGAAGAGACGAUUCAGAAACAGGAAAGGAACCGUUUGACAAUACUCUAUUUAUAGAACGAAGAUAAUUUAAGAGAUCGUGGUAAGAAUUUAAAUAGACAUUUCGAAAAUAUCACAUUUUUAGCUAAAUCUCCUGUUUUGUGGGUAAAAAAAGAAAGAGAUGGGGACAAGAGCUAGUCGUUUACAAGAGGACCCAGUGUCUUCGGCUUUCGUCAAAGAUGGCAUAAAGCGGGAUUCCUAUCGACGACCCCGCUGCAAUAGGCCCGCCAGUCUUAAAAUAGACUUUUCGGGGAGUUUUGACGAUUCGGAGACCAACCGUAGCCGAUCGGAGGAGGGCAGCGAUUCGGACAUAGGGCAACAGGCGAGUGCCGUUGGAAGCCCCGCCGACCACAACAGCCACCCAUCCAUCAGCCAGUCAUCACCAGCGGAAGACAACAGCGACUGCAAGCGCGAGGAAGACGGUAAUAGCAGUCCCGAGGGUGCUGUCAACGGGGAACAUCUGCCUGGAGAGGAGACAGACCGCGUGUCUCACCGCACAUUCUCUGAACGUUUACCCGGCAAUCGACACUCUAACUGGCGCAACGUCAGCGCAAGAUCCGCACGAAUGAGAGGCAUCAAUCAACGCCCGGCGUCGGAGGCUUGGAUUGGCCUCUACCGUGUCAACAACCGACAUGAUAUCCGCUGUCCGUUCUGCUCCAAGUCUUUCUCGGGGGGCAAGAUUGAGAAUCACCUGUUGAGCUGCCUCACAUCGCCAUCUCUCCCUUACAACACGGACGUGCUCAGUAAGGACAGCGGUGAGUGUUCCAUCUGUCUGGAGGAGCUGCAGCAAGGAGAGACCAUUGCCCGGCUGGCCUGCCUAUGUGUCUACCACAAGGGCUGUAUAGACUCCUGGUCCAAGGUGAAGCCAUGCUGUCCCGAACACCCUUUUGAUUGACCCAUGGGUCACAUGUCCUGCUCAGGGACACACCUGACUCGGACGCUGAGCUUUGUGACGGUUAUGCUGAUAUAUUCAAUGAGAAUGUUUGUCACCACAGCGAUAUCUGCCUCCCAAGAUAUGGACAAUCUGCCUUCUCUUUGGUAUAAUAGAACAAUUACGUUUAUUUAUUAAAGUGUAAAUAUGUAUUGCAAUUCAAACUGGCUUGGUCUUUGUCUGUUCAUUUGACUGUUUCUAAGCUCCAAUCUUUUGUAUGUCUCAAUUGGUUUUAUAUGUAUUUUUUACAAUAAAUAUACUUUUGAGCCCUG